AACGUUCGACGGCUGUCAAACCAACCAAUCACAACACGCUGUUCAAGGAGAGUCACGCAGUGCGCAUGUUGACACAGCUCCUGCUUUUGAAAACAGGUGAAGAAAUCUUCAGUAUCUCGACUUUUUUCCGCCGGUUCUGAGUUCUGCUGGUGAAAAUGAACAGCGUCGGGGAGGCCUGCACCGACCUGAAGCGGGAGUACGACCAGUGCUUCAACCGCUGGUUCGCGGAGAAGUUCCUGAAGGGUGACCGGAGCGGAGACCCGUGCACCGAGACCUUCCGGAAGUACCAGCGGUGCGUGCAGAAGGCCAUCAAGGAGAAAGACAUCCCCAUCGACGGAGUGGAGUUCAUGGGCCCCAACAAGGACAAGCCCGAGAGUUGAUGGAGAGUUAAAAAA